AUGAAAUUCUCCACCACCACUUUAGCUGCUACGUUGCUUGGCUCUAGUGCCAUUGUCUCAGCCUUACCUGCUUUAGAAGUAUCCCAAAACUCUGCUGAUUGUACCACUACUGUUACUAACGAGGCUCAUCAACAUAAGAGAGCUGUUGCUGUUGAAUAUGUUUACGAAACUGUAGUUGUUGAUGAAAACGGUAAUGUCAUUUCCGGUAAUGGAUCUUCUCCAACUACUUUAGCUCCAACUUCUGCUAUUGCAACUUCUACUCCAGCUGCUGCUACUCUAGUUGCAGCUUCUGCUGUUGAAGCCUCUGCCCCAGCUGCUGCCACUCCAGUUGUCACUUCUGCUUCACCUGUGACUACUAAUGAAACUAAGGCAGUCCAAACCAGCUCUGUUACUACUACUCAAACUACAGCAGAAGCUGCUUCUUCAACUACCACUACUACCCAAGCCACUUCCACCUCUUCCGCUCCUGGUGGUAUCUACGGUGAUUUAGCACCAUUCACCGGUCCUUUUAAGAAAUUCCAAGAUGGUGUCGUUCCAUGUAGUAGCUUCCCAUCUGGCCAAGGUGUUAUUGCUGUUGACUGGAUUGGCUCCAACGGUUGGUCUGGUAUUGAAAAUUCUGACAAGUCUACCGGUGGUUCUUGUAAAGAUGGUUCUUACUGUUCCUACGCCUGUCAACCAGGUAUGUCCAAGACUCAAUGGCCAUCUGAGCAACCAUCUGAUGGUAGAUCUAUUGGUGGUUUGUUAUGUAAAGAUGGCUUCUUAUACCGUUCCAAUGUCAACUCCGAUUACUUAUGUGAAUGGGGUCUUGAUACUGCUGUUGUUGUUUCUGAAUUAAGUAAAGGUGUUGCCAUCUGUAGAACUGAUUAUCCAGGUACUGAAAAUAUGGAUAUUCCAACUUUCGUGCAACCUGGUGCAAGCAUACCAUUAACUGUUGUGAAUCAAGACACUUACUACCAAUGGAAAGGUCUAAAGACAUCCGCUCAAUACUAUGUUAACAACGCAGGUGUUUCUGUCGAAGAUGGCUGUAUUUGGGGUACUGAAGGUUCCGGUGUUGGUAACUGGGCUCCAUUGAAUUUUGGAGCUGGUUACACAAAUGGUAUUACAUACUUAUCUUUAAUUCCAAAUCCAAACAACAGAGCUCCCUUGAACUUCAAUGUUAAAAUCGUUCCAGAUGGUGAUGAUUCCGUUGUUAACGGUGAAUGUGUUUAUGAAAAUGGUUCAUACUCUGGUGGCUCUGAUGGUUGUACUGUUGCUGUCACUUCUGGUAAAGCUAAAUUUGUUUUAUAUUGA